UGAUGAUGAUAAUGGCGAUAAUGAUGACGAUGACGAUGACGAUGACGAUGAUGAUGAUAAUAACCGGUCCAAGCAUGGCAAAAGAGAACGCCAACGAGCGGACAGAUCAUCGAUUGAGCACAGAGCCGAUGACGAUGAUGACGAGGAUGCACCGUCGCUACUCAGUCGCAUCUGGGACAGCUUCAUGAGCGACAAGCAGGAGAAGCCGAAGGAGAAAGCGGAGUCACAGUAUCCGAACAUACUCAACUGGCUGCACUGGCUGAUCGAGCCAAGCCCAGAAGCGGAGCAGCUCGGCAAGAAGGAGAAACAGAAAGCAGCGAAGAGUGAGAUCGAUUGGUUCACCUAUCUGAAGCGUUGGCCCUUCAACAGCAUCUUCCCAGAGCCGCCGCGCAGUGAGACGCGUCAGCGGCAACGCAGCCGCAGCAGCCAGGAUGCCAGAGGCGAACAGAUGCGCCAGCAGCCAUCCAAGAGCAAGGAGGAGUACGUAGAGCUGCUCAUCCACUCACUGCCCGCCUUCAUUGGCAACGUGUCGCAGGCACGAACUGGCGAGUGCCACCAGCAGCUGGAGCUACUGCAUCGCCAGCUGCGCGCCCACAAGCUAUGGACACUGCAGAUGCUUGAUGCCACGGGCAAAAUUGGCGCCGGCCUGCUGAGGGGCAACAUCAACCAGUUCGGCGACUUUGAUCAGUGCCACAAGGUGUCGACGGCCGUGAAGAGCAGCUCGAAGCAGCCGAUACGAGUGCAUGGCAAAUAUUGCCUGGCCCAGAUCGAGAUGCGUUCGACGGCGAGCAGCCUAAAGGAGGCGCUGCAUCGGCUGCAUGGACGCGGCCUGUGGCAUGGACACCUGAAGAAUCCGAAGCAUUUUGCGCCGCGCUACAACAUCGCCAAUUGGGGCAUUUGCCUGCCGCACGCCUGCUCCGCCCACGUGGUGCACAGCAUCAUCGAGACGAGCCUGCGUCCCUAUAACGACACGGGCAUCGAGUUCCACAUCGAUGUCAGGGACGAGCAUUGCAGCACAAGGCAGCGCAAGAGCUUCGCUAAGCUCAUGGCCAAAGAUAGUUACCUGGCAACGGGCAUAUUAGGCAUUGCCGCGCUUGGCUGCACCUGCCUGCUGGCCCUCGUCUGGGAGCAUUGGGAUUGGAUUAGCGCCAAGCUGUUGCGACUACACAGCGCCACUGGAUCAGCAGCGGACGCAGCUAGCGACGAGGAGGGCAGCAGCGUCGAGGAGCUGGAGCCAGAGGAGGCUGAGGAGACGCAGGCUGAGCAGACGGAGGACUCACAGAAGCAGGAGCAAAUGACGCCAGCGCUCCAUUUGAGACUCUUGGGUGCCUUCUCGCCGCGGCUCACGUUCGAGCAGCUCGCAACCUUAAACGAUCCGGACGUGGAGUUCCCAUUGAUACAUCUGCUCAAGCUGCUGGCCACGCUGCUCAUCUAUGUGAAUCUGAAGUUCAUGAUGGCCGGCCAUUUGCCAAUAACGAAUCGGGAUGCCUUCGUGGACGCUGUCAAUGGCUACUGGAGUCUGGCCUAUCGGAUUCCCCUGCUCCACAGCGAUUUGCUGCUACUGCUCAGUGGCUUUCUGGUUGCCUACCAGCUCUCCCACGAGAUGGAGCAAACGUGCCGGCUCAGCUUUCUGCGCAACGUCAGCGCGAAGGCGUGUCGCUAUGUGCCCAGCUUGCUGGCCGUUCUCGGCUUCCAGGCCUGGAUACUGCCGCAUCUGGGCAGCGGCCCGCUCUGGAGUCUGCUCGUCGGCGAGAAUGCGCGCCUCUGCGAGGAGAACAUGUGGCGCAACGCGCUCAAUCUGCAAAACACUGGCGAUCUAGAGGAAAUGUGCUCGCCCACCACCGUCCAGUUGUCCUUGGAGGUGCAGCUGUACUUCCUGGGCGCACUUGUCGUUUGGCUGUACUUUACGGAUCCGGAGGCUGGCUUCUUUCUGUGCGGUGCUUUUCAUGCCAUCUCCGUGGCCGCGCGCUAUGCCCGCACGCAGCGAGACUAUCUGGCGCCGUCGCUGUUCCAUGGCAUUGGCAUCAGCAAGUUCUAUCGCACCGCCAACCUCAUAUACAGCUCGCCAGUUGCCCGUGCAACCACCUAUCUGCUGGGCAUCGGUGCCGGGCUGCUGUUCCGCAGCGAAUCCGGCUCGUUUGGCAUUGGGACGCGCUACAGGCGCGUCGGCUGGACCCUUGCAAUGCUGGGCAUUGGCUGGUGCUUCUGGGCCGCCGCGGCGGGCAUGCGCAGCAAAUACGUUUACAGAUCAACGGAGGCGGCUGCCUAUUUGGCUUGGAGUCCGCUAAUCCUGGGCCUGGGCAUAUGCUGGGCACUGCUGAUGGCGCCACUGGACCGGAGCAUGCUGGAACGCUAUCCAAACGUGGCGCGUUCCGUGCUAAUCCUCUCCAGAAUCCAAACUCCACUGCAGCUGGCGACCUACGUGGUGGUGCUGUGGAACACGGCCAGUGUAAAGGAGCCACAACAAUUUCAGGUCUCCGAUUUGCUGAGCCUACAGGAGCUGCUCUGCAUUGUGUGCUUCGCUCUGGUCGUCGCCUUUUUAAUUGACUUUCCUGCCCAGCAAAUAGGCUAUUUGCUAUUGGACAUUAUCUUUAGCGAUGUGCUGCUAGCUAGCAGUAAAGAUAGUUCUGCGGCAGUGGACGCAGCCGAGGCGGCCGAAGCGGACAAGCCAGACUCGCCUGAGCCUAUCGAAUCGAUAUGGUCCUCGGAAUCAGAGCCGGAGGAAGAAAAGUCAAGCGACAAAUAAUGCUUCAAUUAAGCU